AUGCGAACGCAAGGGACGAGCUCAGAAGACCAGAUUCGCAACCACAUCUAUAACAAUUUUCUGGCUCCCGAUCCCAAUCGACCUCGUCUUUUGAGGAGCUUAGUGGCUCCUCCUUACGUCCGCGUGACAUUCAACCUAGACUGGGACCCGCUUCAGUUCAUUCUCCAACAAGACUAUCCACUGCCCCCAGAAGAAGCAUUCGGACAGAUCAUAUGCCUGACUGGCACAUGGCAGGAGGCACAAGUUUCCACUAUUGCGGAAUAUAUGUCAGAAAUGUGGCCCAUCACGAGUAAAGGGUUGUUAACCGCGGUAAAGCAACAUCUUGCUGAUCCAACAACAGUAUCCACAUGUACUAUAUUGCACAACCAGACGAUUCAAUUACGAAAUUGGUCGUUGGUGGAGGCACAAGGCCCUCUAGGCUUCGUGGCUGAAAUUGGCGAACAGCUUGGCUGGCUCUCAUCGGCUAUGCGGUCCAACCCGUUAUCAAAGGGGGUAGUUGCCUGCUCUCCAAGCAUCAAGACGGUACAAAUAGCCGAGGCAGGGUUUCAACAUGACAAAUCCCUCGCUGCUCACUUUAACAUUCACUCAGACAUAUCAGUCAAUCAGGACAUAAGCUCGGCAGACCGCGGAUUCUGCUGGGCAAACCUUUUCGAAACCCUAUCUUAG